GAAGACUGAAAGCGCAUAUUUCGUUUGUUGCGUUACUUCACAUCAUAUUUGUGAUGCUAGUUGUCGUCCUGAAAGAAUAUGCCCAUUUUCCACUUAUCUCCAUAAAUCAGUGAAUAGAUAACAAUACAAGUAUGGCCUACCUUCCUCUCAUGUUAUAGCACAUAGAGGUCUUUUGAGUUCGAAAAACAGAAAGGGCUGGGGGUUCGUACGUUACUCGAUCUCUAGUUUCAGAAUGGGAGUCCAUGGAUUAUGGGGAAUACUCUCAUCUGUCCAAGAAUACCGCCCCUUAUCCAAAAUUGGCUGCGAUUCUGUUGCUGUUGAUCUCAGUAUAUGGAUUUGUGGAGAUAAGUCAAUUGGACCCUUACCUGCACUACAUUUAAGGAAUUUGUUUUUCCGGUUAGUGGGUCUAUUACGUCAAAAUACCCUGCCUGUCGCAGUUUUGGAUGGUGUCGCUCCGUCACUAAAAUCGGAUGUUAUGGAACAAAGACAACAAAAAUGGACAGGGAAGAUCACAACUCAGAAAUGUACGAAACCAAAUCGUAGUAGAAUACGGUUCUCAAAAAUAUCUCAAGAAUGCAUUCAACUACUUAAUUCAUUUGGCAUUCCAUGGGUCCGGAGUCCUGGAGAAGCGGAAGCUAUGUGUGCAUUCCUUAACUCAAGUAAACUAGUGGACGCUUGUAUCACAAAUGAUGGUGACGCUUUUCUGUAUGGUGCUGAGACAGUUUAUCGUCAUUUCUCUAUGGAUAGUCGGGACUCCAGUGUUUGUGUUUUUCACAUGCAUCGUAUACGCAGCGUACUGAAUUUGACGAAAUGUGAUUUAGUUCUACUUGGCAUUUUGUUGGGUUGUGAUUAUUGGGCAAGUGGUGUCUCUCGUUUAGGUCCGGUUGGAGCUUUACGUUUGAUUGCAUCCUUGAAAUCUCCAAAUCUGCAUGUAGAUGAGCAUUUUCUCAUUAAAUUUUUGACUUGGUUAACAAGUACUUGUCCACAAAAUUGCGAAGAUUUCAAUCUCAAUCCAUUUGAUCUUCGUGUAUGUCCAAGUGUUAUAAAAAUGUGGCUGCGUGUUGGCGUAGAAUUAAAGAAUUGUCCGUACGAAGAAAUAUUUGCAGAAUUCUUAACUAGUUUUGAAAAUCGUAAUUGGAUCUUACCCAAACAGGAAUCUGUUUCUCAGUGGAAACGACCAGAUCCAAGAAAAGCUGUAUCUUUUUGUCAAAUUCAUUUAAAUUGGGAUCCAGCCUAUACUCUUCAACAUUUUUUACCAGUUAUGGCAUUAUGGGAUUUAAGACAUCCUCAAAUUUAUAAUUCACCUUCAUAUAUCAAGUCGUUAAUUGAUUAUCAAAUUGAUGAUUCUGUUAUUUUGAAACCUUUAAGGAUAGUAAAGAAACGCAUAGUUAAUUAUGUAGACUCUUACGAAGUCGAGUGGGAAAGAUUGGGAUUCGAUAAAUGGUCCGGACAAAAAAAUAUUCUGCAUCCCAAUGAUGAAAAUGUUCAGAAUAUAAAUACUUCUGAUAAUUGCAAUUAUUAUUUUUCUGUACCACAAGUAGAAUUUCGUAGAGCUCAUAGUGAAAUUUGUUCUGUGUUCGAAAAUUCCACGCGUCAAAUUCUAAUUGGGAAGAAAAAAACAAAGUCGAAAUUGUCUAAAAUUGACAAAAAUCAACUUAUGUUAGAUGAAGCAUUCAAGGGUUUAAGUAUAUCAACUAAAAAAGUAAAUAAGAGUGAGUCAGAAAAAGACAAAAGUCCUAAUAUUUUGACUUCGCUUACUAAUCUCAUUAAGCAUCCAGUGUGGGAGUCAGACAAUUCAAGCAUUGAUGAAAAUGAAUAUGUUGAUUACAAUAAUGAUGUCAACAGAAAUCACAAGCAUAUGUUGCCUGAAUCCAUCUUUUCCGAAAUGAAUAUUGGUUAUAAUAGUGAUAUUGAAGCGUACAAUCACACUGGUCGCGAAUCGCCACCACCGUCUCUCUCCGCUGUAUGCAAAUUUUCAUCUCCAUUGAAUAGUGAAUUGAAAUCUACAUUUUCUAACUUGACCAAACGCUCAUCUUCAUUGUCUAAUUUAUUUAAUAACCCACGUUUACAAUUGCAAACUUCUCUUCUAUCCAAUUCUUUUGUAUCUGAAAGGAAAAUCUCACAUUCCAGUCUUUUGUCACCAUCAAUCUUCUCUAGUUGUUCUUCUUCUUGUUCAACUGACAAAGAAGAUGAUAUAAUUACUGGUCAUAGUGUUUCACGAAUAAUUGAAAAAUUCCGUACACCUAAAACAUUAAAAGAUCGGUUAGGUGUUGUAAAUUAUUUUUAAUGAAUGAAUCGCUUUCACUAAACUAUUUUAUUGAAAUAGUAUUACUUUUUUUAUCCACCUUUUUGCCUUAUUCCAUGCUUGUCUUUAUAUGCAUUACUAUACAACCAGGAAAUUUUGUUAACUUUUUAAAUGCUUAUGAUUUUUCCUUCUCUCUAAAUAGCCUUUCUUGUAUUGUCGUCUUUAUUUUUUUUACCCUGUUGUAAAUACAAUUUAUUGUUUUUUAAAACCGGUUUCUAUGAGAUGUUUUCAAAAUUUAUUUAAAUGAAACAGAUUUUAUUUUCUAUAGAAAUAUGCUGUCAUGAAUGUUGAUGAAAGAAUGCGUCUGUGUUUCUAGUUAUUCGUAUUAUUUUAACUUCGGUGUAUUUUAAGGAAUAAAGCUACUAGAUAAUUACCAUAAUACAUAAAUGACACCUUUCUUUGCUUAUCAGGAAAAGAUAUUCACUUCCUUAUCAGAGCUUUGACAGAUUAAACGGUGAAAUUUUAAAGUUUGUAUGGUUCGAGAGUAUCCAUAUUUUCCGGUAUUAGUUUCUCAGCUGCAUAACCAAACUUGUUUUAGAAUCCUCUGGUUACUUAAAAUUGUUUUGAGCUGGAGUAAUGUCUUUCCGGACAAGAGAAAUGUCAUUAAUAAACUGUUUUUUUGGACC